AUGUACACGCUGCCAGGAGGGCACGGGAGUUGCGGGGAACGGAUGAAUACUCCACAGAAAGGCUGCAUUUUGCAUGACGAAGCUGGGAGAGGUCGUGAGCUGUGGAAAUGCGAUGAAAGACUCUGGAACGACGAGGUAUACACAUGUCCGAUGUAUGUAUACAACAACAAAGGAAAACCACGAAGGGCCAGCAACAACUACCGCUACAUCCCACCAGAGCAAAAGCAGCUCAUUGUCACGAUGCAUAUUCGUGGGACAAGCACUACCAACAUUGAACAAAGCACCGGAAUAAGCACUCGAACCAUCCGCAGAAUCCUCAAGCUUUGGAAUGAUACGGGGAGGGUUAUGAGACAACCAUUAGAGCCAGGAAGACCAAGGGUCUUGAAUUCUCUAGAGGUGGAGUAUCUUGAAAGCCUCAUCGAGCAGAGGCCCGACAUUUAUGUUACAGAGUUACAAAAUGCUCUAUUUGUGACGUAUGGUGCUGAGGUUGAUGCAUCCACCAUAACGCAGACUUUGUACAGACGGGGUUUCACCAGGAAGAAGGUGCAAGAUAUCCCUAUCCAAUAA